UACACAUGCAAAAAAUAUAUUUAUACUUCACAAAGUGUUAAUGCCCUCAAUUGAGUUUAUAAAUCGAUAAAAAAAACUACACUGGAGAAGUUUGAAUAAAUAAUUAAGUUGCUAUUAUAUUUUUUGUUCGUGGAAUUGUGGAGAUUGAAACUAAUGUAUUGAUAGAGAUAAAGACGUCAGAUACUUUUUUUCAUUAAAAUUAUCUUUAAAUAGAUUCGAACGAUGUCUUCUGCACCAAGGCCGCCUUUUGCACCGUCACAACAAAUGAGACCUCAAAUGGGUGCCCCUGCUCCAGGAUCUCCAUCGCCAAGACAGCCAAUGCCACAAGCUCAAGGAAUGAAUAGUCAACAACAGAGACAAAUGGCGCCACCACAACUACGUAGAGUUGAUAGUCAAGGAAAUGUUUUGCCUAACCAGGGACAACCGCCAAGACCUGGAAUGCAACAGCAAGUUCGGCCACCUUCCAGUGGUGGGACAACAAGUCCACCUGGUCAAGGUGGUCCCGGACCCAGACCUCAGGGUGCUUUCCCUUGGACUGGGCCACCUAGUGGGCAGCAAAAUCGUCCACCAGCUGCAUUUGGCAACCAACCUCAGAACCAAGGUGGUAGACCACCAUUUCCUCGCCCGGGUUCCGGAGGACCUGGUAACCAGCCACAGUUCCGUCCACCAUACCAACAGCAACAACAAUAUCAAGGAAUGCCACAACAAUUUCCUCCUCAAGUCCAACAAAGACCGUUUGCCCCACAAGGCGGUACACAACCCAGCUCUCCAAUGAGCAAAACUAACAGUCAUGACGAUGAUGACAGUGAUGUUGUUUUUGGACAAGCAGUCACUCCGUUAAAAAUGCCAUCAGCUGGAGCACCAGCACCUGUGAAACUUAAUCAAGUAUUAGAUGAUGUAAAAACAAAUCCAGAAUUGGUACCAAGUAUAGAUACAAAUGCGAAGAAUGCAUCCUUUGGUGAUUCAAAUGGCAAGAAACAUUUAAAGGAUAUUGAUGAAGAAGAAACUGAAAACCGUCCAGUAGAGUCAAAAGCGAAUGAAACAACGCUCGGAUCUUCCGAAUCUGGUUCACAUUCAACUAAAUUGACAAAUUUCCAGAAAAUAAGUGGAGAUGUUAGCGAAAAAACAAAUAAGCCUGAAAAUCCAAAUAAGAUUGAAAAUUCAAGAAAACCUGAUGGUUCUCCGAAAGAGGCAACUUUCAAUAAGGAUAUAAAAGGAGAUAAUGAUAGUGGAGUCGAUGAAUCUACGCAGGAAAAGGAUCGAAACGGACCAACUUCACCAAGCUCUCCCGCCAAGACACCAACUAAGCCUACCUCAGGCAUUUCAAGACCCCCAAGUGCAACACCAUCAAAUAAGUCCACCAAAUCACGUAGCGCUUCUAGAUCAAGGCUAGCUCUCAAGACACCAGAACCAGAUACAGGAAAAAUAAAAGUUCCAAUGAAUAAGAUUCAAGUUGGUAAUGCUCCUUCACCCAAUUUGAAGGCAGUACGUUCAAAAAUUGGCUCACUUGACAAUGCCACCUAUAAGCCUGGCGGAGGUAAAAUUAAAAUCGAAAGCAAGAAAAUUGAAAUUAAAGCAGCACCAAGAAUCGAAGCGAAAAAUGACAAAUAUACUCCAAAGGGUGGAGAUAAAAAGAUAGUUUCAACGAAAUUACAAUGGAAUGCUAAAUCUAAAAUCGGAUCUCUAGAGAACGCCAAUCAUAAGCCUGGCGGUGGUGAUAAAAAAAUUGAUACAAUUAAAGCGGACUUUAAGGAUAAGGCUAAGCCAAAAGUUGGCUCUAAGGAUAAUGUUAAAUAUGCUCCUGGGGGUGGUGAUAUUAAGAAGGACGAUGUUCCAAAGGACAUACAAACUCAUAAGCUAGAAAUUAAAGCACAAAGCAAAAUUGGAUCUUUGGAUAAUGUAAAGCACAAACCAGGUGGAGGGGAUAAGAAAAUAUUCGAUGACAAGGAUUAUUUAAAGAAUGUUGAGCACCCUGUUGCACUGACUUCACCUUCACAGUUUUGGAAAGCCCCUAAAAUUACAAGAGCUACAACACUUACAUCAUCAAUGUCAUUGCCCGCCGAGUGUUUGGUUCUAUCUGUAUCAAUGCCAUCAUUAAAUGAUAAACGACCAAAAAGUGCUGGACCAAAGAGUGCUAGAAAGCCAGGACAGGCAAUACAUCCGAAACCUUUUCGAUUAUUUUAAUAGAAAAUUAUACAGAUAUCUUUAAUUUUAUUAAUAAAAAAAUAUAAAACAAAUAAAAUCAUCAUUGCGGAAAAUAUUCCUUUAAAACAAAAUAAAU